GCUGUCUGAGGGGAGACACGCGCCCUCACUGUUCUCUCCUCACCCCCUCACCCUACUCUCUCCUCCUCACACCCUGUCCUACACCUCAUACCCUCGCUGAGCCUCUUACCCUUAGCCUCCGCUCGCCCCCGUUGAAUGAUAUCGUAAAAAAGCAUCAAAACCGCGAUAAGUUGUGGAUCUGAAGAAGAGUUGGCGUCUGCCAGCUCAAGAGAGUUUUGAGCAGUGUGCUGCAUGUCUGACCGUCUCUUCUCUCCCACAUACAAGGUGGCUGGUGUGCAGUAUAACAUGUCCGUCGAGCCGCAAGUAAUGACAGUAGGUGGCGGGAAGACCCUGGAUCCCAACCGCUAUGCCACCAAGAAGACGGUGGCACAGGGCAUGCUGGACGUGGCUCUGCUCACAGCUAAUGCUUCACAACUCAAAUAUGUGUUGGAGGUGGGGGAGCAACACCCAUACUAUGCUGUCAUGUUGGGCCUCAUCAUCACCUCCCUCGUGCUGCAGGUGCUGGUGGGCGUACUCUUCAUGAUUAUCGGCGGGAUGGACAUUAAUGAUCCUGAACAGCAAACAGCCGCAAACAUUUUGAAUAACAUCAUCCUAAUCUUCGUCUUCAUCAUUUCUGUGGAUAACGUUAUCAUUUCCUCCUUUGGUAUAGAUUCUGUUAACAUCAAGAAAGAAAGUAAAACUCUAUGAGGCAAUUACUAUCAUGAACUGAUUACCAUAUACCCAUUUGCCCCUCCUUUUGUGUAUGGAAAACAUUUUUCAUGCCUACAACCCAUCAUCUUUCAUAUCUGCCACCCAUCAUCCUCCAUACCUGGUCACCUCCAUACCUGCUUAUACUCCAUAGUCGGUAGCCAUAGAGGACUUCCACCAUGCUUGAUAGUAGUGGUUGGAUACUUGAGAAGCCAGGAUGGAGGGUGGUAGUGCAGCACCUGUGAUCACCAUGUGUGCCUGUCCUGACGCAUGUCUUGACAUUACCUGACCUUUGGCUAAUCAGCCAGUUAGCAACCUGAGAAUAGCACUUUGUAAAUGUUGUCAUGGAAGUGAUUGAGUGGUUUUUGAAAACAUGUUAAACAUGAGAGCUUAGAUUGAAACUUAACAUCUCUUUCCCAGUAUCACAAUGAGAAAUUCUACGUAUCUUUGACAGUCUUUUAGUUUAUUGAUCAAUGAACAAACUAUAAUGCUUUUCAUAUUAACAUCAAAAUAUCUUAUUCAUAUAGGUUGGCUAAACAAUUCUCUUUCAUUCUACUGUGGUACAAUGAUAUAAUUGUUUUAGAUCAUUUGGUUAAUUUUUUGAAUGAGGUUAUAUAUUCUAAAUGAAAAUCAAGUGUUUUAAAUUAUUAUUGUGAAUUUUGGACUAGACUUGCUUUGUGAAUACUGGAGUGGAAGUGUGAGCAAACCAUCAGUUAAACUCAGUGGAUCCAACAGAAACAACUACGUCAUGCUACUCAUAUUUUACUAAACAAAUGUAAAUGAUAUAGGAUAAGGUUUUGUCUUAAUUAAAUACUGUAAUAAUAUGUAGUCUUUUCAACUCAAUGCUAUAUUGUAAUGUUAUCUGUAGAAAUAUCAGACUGAAUUUAGUUUCAAUUAAUAGGAUACAGUAUCAUAUUUGGUUAAAACUGACACCCAUGAUUGUGUAAUAAGUUUGUGUUUAAUAGUGAUAUAUAUAGUUGUGUAGUAUAGGGAAUGAAAUGGAUCAAUGAAACAUUACCUAAGGGUUCCACUGAGGGCCCCAUGUGAUCAAGGUAUCUUUUACAAAUUAGCUGAGGCCUCUGAUUUUGCUUUAUGUUAAAAAUAUUUAAUAGCCUUGUCACCUCAGUAAAAUGAGAGAUCCUCUACACCAGUUAAAAUCCUUGGGAGUAGAACCAAAAAUACUACUCGUUCAAGCAAAUGAUUGUUUUUAUUGAACUGUAUUUUAUUAAUAAUAAUAAUAAUGUUUUUAAUAUUCACAAAUACAGGAAACCUCUCAUUAAUGGAUUUUGGCAAUUUUGGAUAAAAGAAUUGACUAAACAUUGAAAACAUCAGACAAAAUGGAUAAAAGUCUUUUUGUCCAUAAUGAUAGAGUUCAGUUGUCUUCCGAAGUAUUGAACUAAAUUUGAUAACUCCAGCAUUUAUCCAGUACUGGCCAAAGCAGCCAUGUCCAAGACCCAUCUUUUUUUUUUUUUUUUUUUUUUUUUUCAACAAGUCGGUCGUUUCCCACCGAGGCAGGGUGACCCAAAAAAAAAGAAGAAAAUCCCCAAAAAGAAAAUACUUUCAUCAUCAUUCAACACUUUCACCACACUCACACAUUAUCACUGCUUUUGCAGAGGUGCUCAGAAUACAACAGCUUAGAAGCAUAUACGUAUAGAGAUACACAACAUAUCCCUCCAAA